GGCCAAUUCACUUUCAAAUUGACGUGCUCAAUUUUGGCGCUUUUCAGUUGUGGUUUUGUUGGCGCGUCUUAAAUUUACGAAGAGUCGAGAUGGCAGGAGGAAAAGCUGGCAAAGAUUCCAAGGCAAAGGCUAAAGCCGUUUCGCGUUCAGCAAGGGCUGGACUUCAGUUCCCAGUGGGUCGUAUUCACAGACAUUUGAAGAACCGAACGACAAGUCAUGGCCGCGUCGGAGCUACAGCCGCUGUUUACAGCGCAGCUAUCCUCGAAUAUUUAACUGCUGAGGUUCUAGAGUUGGCUGGAAAUGCCUCCAAAGAUUUAAAAGUAAAGCGUAUAACACCACGCCAUUUACAACUCGCCAUUCGAGGUGACGAGGAACUCGACUCGCUAAUCAAAGCAACCAUCGCUGGUGGAGGUGUUAUCCCUCACAUUCACAAGAGUUUAAUCGGCAAGAAAGGAGCCAACAAGCCAACAUAAGCUAAAUUUCUAAGUUUCUUUUUACUUUAUAUUCUCUGUACAGUUUCAUUGGGACUUCCAAAACGUUUUUGCUUACACACUUUGUUGAAAAGUAAAGUUCUGUCUUUUGUUGCGGCUAUUUCGCCAGUAAAACCCGUUAUGUUAUCGCUGUAUUUAUACAUUAAAUGUACAAUUAUUAUCGUGUAAUCUUAUCAUGUGUUUGAAUAAAAUGAUCACUAUUCACUUUUUAA